AUGGAGUCGGGUGCACUGACUGCACACUACGGCCCCCUGCUGGCACUGACUGCUGACUACAGCCCCCUGCAGGCACUGACUGCACACUGCAGCCUCCUGCAGGCACUGACUGCUGACUACAGCCCCCUGCAGGCCCUGACUGCACACUGCAGCCCCCUGCAGAUCCUGCACCAGUGCUUCCAGCUCAUCUCUCCUUCUCGCCAUGUCCCCUGCAGUACUGAGGCCCGGCUCCGGACUGGGCAGGCGCAGGCGCCGCAGAAGGUAAAACUGACUUCAGGGGCCGCACCGCCCCCUGUCUCUCCACUGGGGGGCGCCGCGUUCCGGGGAGCGGCUCUCCUCUCUCUCCUGGCGCUGCAGGUGGCGCUGUGUCGGUGCGGCAAACCGGCGGCCCUGCCCGCGCCCCCCGGCGAGCCCUUCCAGGUCUACUGGAACGCGCCCACGCAGCAGUGCCAGGCGCGGCACGGGACCCCCCUGGCGCUGGGGCCGUUCGGCGUCGUCGCCAACCCCGCGCAGGCCUUCGCCGGGCCCCGCCUCGCCAUCUUCUACCUGGACCAGCUGGGCCUCUACCCCUUCUACGACGCCAGCGGCUGGGCGGUGAACGGGGGCUGCCCGCAGAACGCCAGCCUGGCGGCGCACAGCGAGAAGCUGGCGAGCGACGUGCGGCGCUCCCUGCCCUGGCCGGCCUUCUCGGGCCUGGCCGUGGUGGACUGGGAGGAGUGGCGCCCGCAGUGGGAGCGCAACUGGGCCGGCAAGGCGGUGUACCAGCGGAAGUCGCGGGAGCUGGUCCGCGCGCUGUGGCCGGACUGGCCCGCCGGGAAGGUGGAGUGGCAGGCCGCCUGGGAGUUCGACAUGGCGGCCCGGCGCUUCCUGACCGAGACGCUGCGCCUGGCUCGGGGGCUGCGGCCGGGGGGGCUGUGGGGGCUCUACCUCUUCCCCGACUGCUACAACCACGAGUACAAGAGGGGCCUCCGCAACUACACGGGGCGCUGCCCCCCGCUGGAGCUGCGGCGCAACGACGCGCUGGGCUGGCUCUUCUCCGAGAGCGCGGCGCUCUACCCCUCC